AUGGGGAAAACAGCAUUAGAAGCGGAUUACAUUAUUGUGGGUGGCGGACUGGCUGGAUGCGCGGUCGCCUCACGCCUAAAGCAACGCAGCCCAUCCCUCGACAUUCUCAUUCUCGAGGCGGCCAGUGACCCCUCCAGCAACCCCAACACACAAUCCUUCCCGGGUCUCUUUUCGCUCCUUGGUUCUGAUCUCGACUGGACCUAUAGCACCGAGCCCCAGGCGAAUACGGGCAAUCGAGUGCACACUAUCCAUAGCGGGAAGGCCCUCGGAGGAGGAAGUGUAAUUAAUUUCGGUGGCUGGAGUCGCGGGGAUGCGACGGACUAUGAUGACUGGGCCAGAAUAGUCGGAGACCAGCGAUGGAGCUACCAUGGUUUACUUCCGUACUUUCGCAGGUCAGAGUCGUUCUUCGACUCUAAAGCUGACCCCAAGCAACACGGAUUUGAGGGUCCUAUUCAUGUUACUUCUGUUUCUGCCAGUGACCCCAAAAGACGGUAUCCUCUUCGGGAGCCAAUCAAGGACGCUUGGAAUGAGAUUGGGGUUCAAUAUAACCCCGAUGGUUGCUCUGGACGUUUGUCCGGGGUCUGUGAAUUCCUAGAGACCUGGUACGAUGGGAAGCGUCAAGCAGCACAACAAGCAUACAGCUUGGAAGGUGUGCAGCUGGUUACGGAGGCUAUUGUCCACCGAGUCGAAUUUACGGGCGGCGACCAGAGUGGACAGAAGACUGCUUCCGCGGUACUUCUGUCGGAUGGUCGGCGCUUCAAUGCACGCAAGGAGGUCAUCCUAGCAGCCGGUACUCUCCGGACACCCCAGGUCCUCAUGUUAUCAGGAAUUGGACCAGCCAAUGUACUAUCCCAGCACGCGAUUCCAACUAUCAUUGAUGCGCCAGAGGUCGGAAAGAACCUAAAUGAUCACUUUGCGCUCUACCAACUAUACAAGUUGCGCAAUCCAGAGCGUGGGCUCGCCCUGGGUAGUCCUGUCCUCUCAGAUCCCGCCUUUAUGAAGGGCUUUCCGGCAGACUGGGCUAUUAACCAGGACGUACCAGCGGAUAUUUUGGGGGCAGCAGUGCGUAAUGACAACGCGAGAUUCGGCUCCCCCGCAGACGAAUCUUUCCUGAAACCCGGUCGGCCGCUCGUCGAGACUUUAAUUGUCUAUGCUCCGGCUGGUGUACCCGGAGUUCCUAUGGAUGGCAGCUUCAUCAUGACCUCAGUCAUGUUACUCGCUUCAACAUCCCGAGGAGCCGUUAGUAUUCGGUCGUCAUCGCCUACGGACCCUCCUCUGGUCGACUCAAAUUACUUUGACACGGAAGCUGAUCGUGUUACAUUGAUCCACGGCAGUCGACGCACAAUGCAGGCUUUGCUGGACACUUCUGCCUUAGCAGAUUAUAUCGAGGCUGAAGUGCCUCCCCCUGGAAUGUCAGCUUUAUCAUCUCAGUCGUCGAACGAUGAAUUCGAGGCCCGGAUCCGGGCGACUGGUCUGGCUCACCAUCAUCCAGCAGGUACAGCCGCCAUGGGCAAGGUAGUUGGUCCAGACCUCCGUGUCUUCGGCGUCCAUAAUCUUCGUGUCGUCGAUGCAAGUAUACUGCCGCUAAGUAUCGGUGGCCACCCGCAGGCCACUCUUUAUGCAGUUGCCGAGCAGGCUGCAGACAUUAUUCUCGGGACCAACGCUCAGGCAUGA